AUGUUUACAUUAUGGUGCAAUAUCUCUGGAGAGUUGACAGCCGUACCCCGAGGUCAUUAUCAUUAUAUCGACAUGACAGCACUUCUCCGCGGUCAUAUAAACCUAAUAAUUGCUUCCGUUUCCUCCCACUCUGCAGUGCUUGUCGACUCCUCCUCCUCUCUGCUGCUCUCGCUGCUAUUGGCCCAGCUUCCUUUAUUUACGUCUGCCGUCCCCGCCCCCUACCGGCGGCCGAACGUCGUGCACGAACUGGAUAGAUUGGCCAAUCAGACGAAGAAUCUGAGGCAGAUCACAGCAGAUCUAUUGAAGGAACAUGCGUUCGAGACAGACCCAGAACAGCAUAGAUUUAAGUCCUUGCCACUAAUGAACAACAGGGCCAGUGACAUCAACUCCCUUGAGAUGAGACCCACUCUCUCCCAGCUCCACGCGGACUUGAAGUCGUUUGAGCACCAUUUUGCCUGGUUGAGCAGAGCAUCAAGGAAACACCACCACCCUGCUCUCCCUAAACUGGGACAGAUGAUGUCACUCAUCAAGUCUCUCACCAGCAUGCUAGAGCAUCAGAUGAUGAGAGUUGAUGCUCAGCGUCUCUCUCCUCCCUCUCCCUCGAUGCCGCCUCCACCCCCCUCCCAGUUUGACGUGUUACAGUCUUCCCAGGAGCUGCUACUACAGUUCAGACUCUUCUGUGAUUGGGCCCAACGAGUGUUCUCAGUGCUCAGUACAAAGUCCAAAAUGUCUGCAGUACAAUGAUGAUCCCUGAAGUGCUAUAGUCUAUAGGGAUACACAGAAUCCACACUACAACCAAUGGGGAUCUACUAGCUUCAACCGGCACUACAGCCAAAGAUGAUCCAAGAAAUCCACACUACAGCCAAUGAUGAUCCAAGAAAUCCACACUACAGCCAAUGAUGACCCAAGAAAUCCACACUACAGCCAAUGAUGACCCAAGAAAUCCACACUACAGCCAAUGAUGACCCAAGAAAUCCACACUACAGCCAAUGAUGACCCAAGAAAUCCACACUACGGCCAAUGAUGACCCAAGAAAUCCACACUACGGCCAAUGAUGACCCAAGAAAUCCACACUACGGCCAAUGAUGACCCAAGAAAUCCACACUACGGCCAAUGAUGACCCAAGAAAUCCACACUACGGCCAAUGAUGACCCAAGAAAUCCACACUACGGCCAAUGAUGACCCAAGAAAUCCACACUACGGCCAAUGAUGACCCAAGAAAUCCACACUACAGCCAAUGAUGACCCAAGAAAUCCACACUACAGCCAAUGAUGACCCAAGAAAUCCACACUACAGCCAAUGAUGACCCAAGAAAUCCACACUACGGCCAAUGAUGACCCAAGAAAUCCACACUACAGCCAAUGAUGACCCAAGAAAUCCACACUACAGCCAAUGAUGACCCAAGAAAUCCACACUACGGCAAUGAUGACCCAAGAAAUCCACACUGCAGCCAAUGAUGACCCAAGAAAUCCACACUGCAGCCAAUGAUGACCCAAGAAAUCCACACUACAGCCAAUGAUGACCCAAGAAAUCCACACUACAGCCAAUGAUGAUUCAAGAAAUCCACACUACAGCCUUGCACUGUUGUCACUGAACCUCCAUCCUCAUUAUAGCCAAUGAGAGACCUCCAUAUUCAAACUACAGCCUAUGAGGAUCCACCAUAUUCACACUAUUACAACCAGUAAUGGUCUCCAAUAUUCACGAACACGUCACUGCCACCCCCUCCUCUCUCUUAAAUACCUUGUUCCUGACUGUGUUAUUUAUCUAUUUAUUUAUUUAUUUAGUUAUUUAUUUGAUGUCAUUAUUUAUUUGAUUUUGUAACGUGUCACGUAUCAUUUUUACUUACUUUAUUGUUGUGAAUUUAAUUUCUUGUACCUUGUCAAUACUCCUAUUUUGUUCUCUCUCUCCCCCUUCAUUCCUCCCCCCAAACUAAACAAGGAGACCACACAGUAGCACUUCCUGACUUCUUACAGUCUCUAAUGAUAUGGAUUGUAUUUUCAACCAUUUAACCUAUCUCUCUGUACAAAGAGUAGCCUAUUUCCGCCAGUAGAUGUAGCAAACAUACUUGGCUUGUAGCAAGCAUAUCUUGGGAGAGCGUACAUGUAUUUUUCUUACAGUGCUGUACUUUACCUGGUAGAUUUACGGUUACUCAUAGAAUCUUCUGAACAUGUUCAAUGUGCCACCUGUUUGGUUUUGUAAACUGUUAAGAAAGAACCAAGCCUCAAUCAGGAUGUCAACACAACAUAGGAGGGUAGAUCGUUUUUCCAUGGGUUUAGUUGCUAUAAGUGGCUGUGUCCCACAUGGAAAAAUAACAGGUGGUAUAUCUAACACUGUGGUAAAGGUUUAUGAAUAUGCCCUGUUGCUAAGCACUGAUCUAGGACCUGAUCUAAUCUCUUUGCACAAAUUUAUUAGGAUUAGCCUUUUGAGUCAGCUGAUCCUGAAUCUGUGCCUUGGUACACAUAAUGUUUGAGCGUUUUAGUGACAUAAAUAAUAAAUUAAAAAACACCCCAAGCCUUAAAAUACUAUGUAUUGUGAUACUACGGUUCUGCACAGUUGUACAUACUUGUACAAUAAUGUAAAUUGUUGUAUACAAUGCAAUUGUGUAGUAUAGUUUUCUAUGAUAUAAAUGUAAAAUACUCUCAAUGCUAUCCCUAUCGUUUUGUCGCAAUAUCAAUAUUAUUCUAUUCUAGUAUUUUGUGACAGUAUUUACUAUUUAUUUAAGUUACUUUGGUGGAACUAUUUAUUUGCGCUGCAGAGGAGCGAGUCUCCUGUUGUUUUUGUACUUUUAUACUGUUUUUAUUCAUAAUUACCAUUAUCAUUGCCAUCAUCCAUGUUGAAAUCAUUGUAGUACCAUGCCUGAACGCUGUGUAAAACCUUGUGCUUGGGGUCUCCAGCACACAGACUGACUGAUUGGCCUAAAUGUGAAAUGUGUGCCUUGAAGAAAAAAAGAAGAAAAAAAAGUUA